UGUCCACGUGAGCUUCAUUCAGCUGAGCGCUGCAAAGAUGAAUGGCUGGGGGGGUGGAAGAUGGAAACGUUGGAAAAAUGGAGCAGAGACAUCAUGGCACCUCAUCAGCUGGAUAAGAAAUAUCAUUCCAAACAAAAUGGCAUGAUUGCAAAAAAUCUACUGAACUCUCUCAAGAUUCGCAAUCGUUUGCAGCUACAGCCCAUUUCUCGUUCAGCAUGUGCCACUGGCUCCUGUCCAGACCUGAUGAAUAGGAACGAGCAGCCCGACUCCCGGCCGCUAGCCAUGGCCUUGACGCCCCAGCUACCGCCCAGGACCCAUCGGCCCCUGUGUCUCUCAGUGUCCUCCGACAGCAAUGGGCGCUUUAAAGCUCUGGAGACCCAGGAAUGGAAGAACAACCUCAAAGCUCAGAUGGAGCAGGCCCAUAGUGCCGGAGCAGCCAGCAGCACAGGCUCCCUGGAAAGAGCGUCUCUCUUUUGCGCUUCUGGCUCCACCACCACUGGCUCUGGCCUCUCCAGUCCGGUGGAGCACCUCACCAAGAGCAAGUCCUCUAGUCGCUUUUCACUCUUCUCCCCUCCUUGGAACAGCAGCUCUGAGUCUGACUCUAACCCCCCUUCCCGCUCUGGAUCCAAGAAAAUGCGCAACUACAGUCGCAGAGCAGUUCCCGGCAGUGCCAAGACGGGCCCAGAGACUCCAGAACCCAAGCAGAGCGUCUCUGAACACUUCCAGUACUCGGAUCCGGUUAUAUCCAAGGUUACAGACUACAUUUACGUGGGCAACCUGAACGCGGCUUAUAGCGGACGUACGUUGUGCCGAAAUAACAUCGAUAGCAUCAUCGACAUGAGCAGCCUACCUGGGGAGACUUGUUUGAGAGUCAUUCCUUGCACUUGUUCAAGGGGUGUCAAGCAUAGUUGGUCUCGGCUCAAAGUGGACAUGAGCGACCUCCCGGACACCGUCCAAGAAGGCCUCGCCCUCAAGCACCGCUGCUUCGAGGACAUCAAUGAGUGCAUUGAUGCCUCCACGGAGAAGAGGAAGCGAGUGUUGGUCCAUUGUCGUGAUGGUAUUUCCCUUGCCCCCACUUGCAUUAUUCAGUACCUCAUGGUCAAGCAAAAUAUGAGGCUUAUUGCCGCCUAUGAGCUGCUCAGAGCCAAACACCCCAUCAACAUUCGCGAGUCCCAUCAGAACGUUCUGGUAAGUCUCGAAAGAGCACUGCGACCGGGCGGGAACACGGACCCAGAGUGCUUUAAACAGGCCAUCUCCCGCAAAGUGGCUUGGACCUGAUAGAGAACCUUGGGGAACCUCAGUUUUAUUUGAACUUUUUGUAGUUUGUGCUUUUACUUUGUACAUUAUUUCCUCUGUUAACAGUGAAAGGCAGCUUUUGGUGUGUUAACUGAGCUGGAUGUCAUGGUGUGAGUGCUAACUGUGAAAAUUACUUAAGUUGUUCAGUGGCCAUUUUAGAGAAAAUUUGAGUCAUUCGUUUUACAAACACGCUUUGUGCAGCUGCUAAACAAUGGGAUUUGUUUGGGAAUAUAUCUCUUAUUUAUUUUUCUUCACAUGGGUACAUAGCCAUGCUGUGCAGGUUUAUGCUGAGGAAGACAUUUAGUGGGAACUCAGGAGAUGAAACGAUGUCCUAUAUGACUGCAAACGCCACUACUGAGGCUGAAACGUCAAACUGGAGUACUAUCAACUACACAUCUCAAACACUUUCUUAACAGAUUGAGGACUAAACAUGAUUAGUCAUCGUAUCUGGCAGUAAAAAGCACAACCUUUGUUAGCCUCCUAAUUCAUUUGAAAAUUGGUUGAUAUUUCUCUACGUUUAUCCAGGGUUGAAAGAUACACAGUAAGAGUAGUCCUCUAUGAGGAGUCAUUUCAUUUACUAAGCUUCUUUUAUUAAAUGUGUAAUUUUCAACGUUUGAUCAAAUACUAAUUUCAGUGCUUGGAUAAAAAUGUGAAUUUUGCGAUUAUGUAAUUGAAUCUGGCCCACUUUGUACCUUUUAUGGAGUCUUGGUAUUUGGAAAGUGAAUUGAAGUGAGUUGUGGAGCAAUGCUCAGUUGCAAAGGCUUGAUAUUGCACUAACCACAAGGAAAUGCACAAGUUUGCUGACACAUGGCUUAGUUUGAUUUAAUGUUACGCAGUGAAUAUAGAUCAAAAAUAUUUUUAUGAUAACGUUUAUGCUUCUCUAUAAUGAUUGUUGUUCAUGGUUUCUAUUGAAUUAUUAUUUUGCCAUUUAGAAAAAUGCAACAACCCUAGCACAUGUAUGUCACAGAAGACACCUUGGACAUUUCAUUUAGAGAAUAAGAUUAUUUUAUGUUCCCUGAUAUAAAUUAAACCCAAUUUAAAUUGAAAGGGAACAUUCCAAUGCAACAAAUAUCUUGAUUUUGUUUUGUUGAUUAGAAUGGAAGCAAUCUAGGUUUUCGCAUUGUGUGGCCGCUUGCUUCCAGUGCAGACUGGAAAGUUUUUGCAACAUUUAUGGUUUCAAAUGUAAGUGAAUCUGCUGGGUAUUAAAAAAAAAAAAAAAAAAAAAAAACGUUUUUGUGAUAUCUGUACACAAAUGUGUGUAAUGUGUCUUGAUGACAUACAUCUGCUUCCUGGGAAAACAGCUCUCAAAUAUAUGACAUGGCUUAUGCUUGUCAGCAGUGAUUAUUAUAUUUUGAUAUUUAGUGCGCAAUUUGGUGAAGAAAGAGCCUCCUGAGUUUUGGUGCCUUUUGUUUGAACUUGUCCCAGUGUGAUUAUUGUGACAUUCACACGCGCACACUGUAUGCACUCAUCAGGCAUAGACAAAUAUGCUGUCUUUAUGCUUUGAAAUGUUCAGGAAAUGCUCCAUGUCGGUGUAAUUUUGUGAUGUAUGGCAGAGAUCAGUUCCAUCUGAAUAAGCUGUUGUAAAGUUUUCAUAGCAGUGCUCACAGUGAAUAGUGUCUGUACUUCAAUCAGUCUGGUGGUGACGUCAAUCAGUGUGUUCAUUACCUUCUUCUACGGGCCAGCAAUUAGCUUCUAACAUUAGCAAAGCUGUAUUUAGAUUCAAAUGGAACUGUUGCUUUAUUCUUAUUCAUUAGCCUAUUUAAAUAUUUUUUCUUUUGGAUGGCUGAUCUCACCCUGUAUAAAGGUCUAACAAUAUGAAUUCUCAGGUUAACUUUAUUGGCCUAGAAGACAUUCUCAAUGCGUUAGAAACCAGAAUAAUGUGAGGCAAUGUAUUUUCUGUAUCACGUUUUUGAAGAAAAUGCAUUUGUACUUGUUAAUAUUAAAGAGAAUCUAAUGCACUGA